AUAGAGAAAACGGAGUGGAUUGAAGAAUAUGACCCAAACAGAAUAUAAAGAUAUCUUUGCAUCUCCAGGAGAGACUAUAUUCUACUUUUAUGCACUCCUAGAGAGUCCAAGUGCACAACAAAAAGUAUUUUUUGCGUGAUAUGUCCCCUUUAAGAAAUGAAAAGAAGAAGUAAGGCUGACACUGUUGAACAAAACACUAUCUGAAAGUCCCGUCGACAUUAACAAAGCCCUGAAACAGGAUCUGAGAGAAACAUCACCCUCACUAAAUUAUUCCGUUGUUCGCUGAAACGGCUUCAUAAAUCAUCUGGGAGGAAGAUCAGCAGUCCUGAAGUCAGUCUGGAGGACGGGAAACUGGGAUAAAAUAGUUUAAACUUGACCAGAUUGCAUACGAUUUGGACUGCAGCAUUGCUGAAGGAGUGGGGGAGUGUCACGGUGGACAGUGCAGCCUGUAUCCAGAGAAGAAAUCAGAAUUUUCGGAAAGAAGCUUGGAAAAGUUUCUACACCCUACUCUGCUUCACUGAAACUAAAACAAGAAAGAAAACCAUUGAGAGACCAGGAAGUACUAAACACUGAAGAUGAUGCUUCUGCUCCUGUCCCUGCUGAUUGUGUGUGCGCCACUAGGGGGCAACACAUCCCCAAUCAGCUGCUACAACGACCAAGGUGAUGCUGUUGAUUGGUUUUACCUGUACAAACUGCCUAAAGAAGGAGGCAGAAAGCCUGCGGGGAAGGGUGAGACGUAUUUAUUGCUGGACAAAGGGAGUGAAGGAUGGACCGAGGGGAAGGUGACGGUGAACGACACCAGGGGAGCUUUGGGGCAGACGGUUGGACAGCUGUACUCUCAGGAAAAGAAUUCGGAGUUGGCGUACAUCCUUUACAACGACCAGAAGCCUGCUGAGGAGUUUGGUGGCAGAUGGACUGAAAGCGGCGCAAACGGAGGGGGACACACCAAAGGUGUUGUUCUGCUGGAUAAGAACCAGGGAUUCUGGUUGGUCCACAGCACGCCUCACUUCCCCCCCGAGCGACAGGAAGGCCACUUUUACUAUCCCAGCAGUGGAGUGAACAAUGGGCAGAACUUCAUCUGCGUUACCUACCCGCUCCAACGUUUCCAGGCCAUCGGAGAGCAGCUGCAGAUCAAUCAGCCCAAUGUGUACGACUGUGACGUCCCGGAGUCCUUGGCGUCCCUGGUGCCUGCUCUGGCCGCGGUCUGCCACAGAAAGCUCUCCCCUCACGUGAAAACCGCGUCCAACCGCAGCGUGACGCUGACAUCCGCAGGCGGCACCGACUUCAUCAGCUUCGCCAAAGGAGCCAAGUUUGAUGACGACCUCUACCACGCGUGGGUGGCACCAGCCCUCAAGUCAGACCUCCUGGUCCAGUUCUGGGUCCGCUCCACCGGGAUCCUCCCCUCAAACUGCUCGCUGGGCUGGAAGGUCCUGGACAUCAAGCUCAUCAACCCGGGCCAGACGUUCACCUUCAAGAACACCCAGGACCACUCCAAGUGGGCGGUCAGCCCCAGGGCGGCGCGGGGCGGCUCCGGGGGGGGAGGGUGGGUGUGCGUGGGGGACAUCAACAGGAACGAAGCGGAGGAGCGGCGGGGAGGAGGCACCGUGUGUCUUCAGGAUCCGGUGGUGUGGAAGGCGUACCGGACCGCAGCGCUGGAGUGCGAGAGCUGCGGAGGAGGAGAGGUCCAGUGUUGACUCGCUGCAGGAAGCAGAAGAAGAGACUGAGCUCCAGAACGCUGGAGUGACUCUGGGCUCACGGGUUUUAUGGGAAAUAUUUCAACACGCUUGGUACGCUGGGAGUCUGCUUUAACACGCAGCUGCUAACAGCAAAGGUAAAUGGCCAGCAGUGGGGACCCAGAUGGGAUGUAAUUUGGUGAAUGUGCGGUCCAGAGAUGAGAAAGUAAAAGAUCUGGCAGUUACUGGAGCAUCUGACAGUCUGUUGAAACAGGAAGUGAACAGUAGAUCUGAGGUCCGCAGACUUUUCCCAAAAAAUUUAAAAGUAUUGAUUUCAGUAUUUUCUAUAUAAAAAAAAAACAAGAAUCUGAAAAAAAUAUUUAGAUUGUCAGAUUUUCGUUAUGGGUUGUUCCCCAGGAGAAUGAACAGUUAGCAAUGAUAACUUAGCACUCUGAUCCUUAGACUGUAAACUGGUUCAGCAAACAGGAACUUUUUUUUUUUUUACCUUCCCCUCAUUGUUAUUUUCUAACUCUGUGGUACGAGUGCUGAAAUAUCUGCUGUCAAUUCAUACUGAACUUUUGUAUUCAUGUGUGAAAAAUGGUGGAUCAAUUUACCAGUUACCAGGAAGUGACCUGUUCCUGCGUAUUUUUUAAGGUCGGGGUCAGUCGUUGGGCGAGAGGCGGUGCACACCCUGGAUAUUUGGUCAGUCAGUCACAGGACAACACAGACGGCAGGACUAACAAUCACACGUCUAAGAAUUUGUAGAAUUUAGAAAAGAGAAAUGUGUGGAAGUACAGGAGGAUUCCUCCUAGGUGCAGCCGACGGCGGCUGGAGGAGAUGGCUUUACAGAUUGGUGCUUCGUCUGCAGUCAUGCGGGGUUUUCUUGUCACCGUCUAACAAACUGAAUAAUUUACAGCACAUCUAAACGUCUCUGGUCUCCAUUUGGACCAAAUUACAUCCAAAUCAGAACGUUCCCUCUGGCUGCCUAACCGCUCUUGUUCUGUAAUUUAAAAGUAUCUAAUUAUGUCUAUUGAGAAUUUUAUAAAAUCAGACGAUUGUGUCUGUAAUGUGGUACUUAGGGCAACUUGUCAGGAUUAUUUUAAGAGGUCCUAAUGGCCUAAAAGUUUAGAUUCAGGUGCCUCAUUGGUGUGAUUGUAAGCUGCUCAGGUACUUUGGUUUGUACGCUGGAAGAUUCCCUGUAGCGUCAUAAAAUAACCCAGUUGUCCCUUAUUGUUGUUUACAAUGUGCUUCCUUCUCCAUCUGUAACUAAGUAAAAAUUGUGCUGGGUUGGCAGAAAUACUCUGCCGUGAAUCUAUACGUGUGAGUUUAUUUAAAGUCUACAGUACCAGAUAUUAUUCGGCUGCUCCCAUGUAUGUUUUCUCUGAUUUAUUUCACCAUUCCAGAAAUGAACCGGCGGCAGUGAUGCCCUGAAAAGUGGCACAUAGUUGGUGCACAUAAUGUGUACGAAUUCCAAGCUGUAAAUUAAAAUUUUUAUUACAAAAAAUGAAAUAAAUGCCAUUAAAUGGAUGCAACAGAA